AUCUGAGGGGGGGAGAAUGAAAGCCGCGAAAAUCCUCUGUUAAAAAAAGCGGCUUUAUGGGGGGAAGACAAAGCAGACUAAAGCCAGAUUAUUACCUCCAUUGAUCGACGACUGUCAUUGUGAUCGGUGGAUGACAUUGGAGCCAAUCCUGGCGGAAAAAAAAACACAAGUCAUAGAGGGUCUUUGUCUGCUUUGACUGUAAACACUGACUGCGCUGUUGAUGAUGUUAUGACUGCGCAUGAUUCAGAUUUUGACAACAACUUGCGAAAUAACCCACGGUAUGAGGCAAGUGACAGUUCCAGCUGCACAACAAGAUUUCUUUGUCUUCUCUGAUGACAUCAUUCAUACUGGCAUCCAAGAGCACAUGAGAUUUUUAGACGCGGUCCAAACUCUUUUCCCAAAUAUCGCAGUCUUAACACGGAGGGCUUGAUCCAGAUUUGGGAAAUGCUGGGCCGCACAGACUGCUGAGCCAACAAAACCACACCUCUCAAGGAUUUAUGGAAAUCUGAGCAAAUCUGAAAAACUUAAGACUUGUAUUUGGAGGGGCUCAGCACACAGUGACUGAUCGCAGGCACCAACCACGAGUCCAAGAGUUUGGCCUCCAUUCAAGCUCAGCCUUCUUCUUAAAGGGUCUGAAUUUAUUGCAGCUGCCCCAGGAAUCAAAUUUCAUGCAACCAUUCCAAUGGUGUAACGGAUGCCUGGUCGGUUUGAAUUCUCUGAGCUCUGAACACGACUGCAGCAUGACGUCUGACAUGUAUCACCUGCCACUCAAUGUGUAUGUCAUUGUACUGGGCAUUGGCCUUUUCGUCUUCAUGCUGAGUCUCAUCUUCUGCUGCUACCUUUUCCGGUUGAAACAACAAGGAACGAGGGAGCAGUUCAGCUACAAUGAGGUGGUGCUGAAGGGAGCAAGCAAGAAACUCAGCCUGCUUGGACAAACCUGCGCCGUGUGUCUGGAAGAAUUCAGGACCAGAGACGAACUGGGAGUGUGCCCGUGCUCACAUGCAUUUCACAAGAAGUGCCUGCUAAAGUGGCUGGAGAUCCGCAGCGUGUGCCCAAUGUGCAACAAACCCAUCUUGCGGCUCCACACUGAUGCCCCACAGGGUGCCGAGGGUCCCAUGGAGCCAGAGGAAGUGUGAGGUUGGGAGAGAGGAAACUAUACUUCUCUUAGGGAAAAAAAAAAACCACAACUCCAUUUAAAUGACUAGAGAUGAUCAUCUCACAGACCAGACAAAGCUGUUUAUGAUCCCAAGCGGCUGUGUUGCCGCUGACCUUUGAGCAAUAUUCUUAGGUGGGAAUUGGAUGUUGACGGAGGCAAACGUGAUUUGGUAGGGUCAGAAGAUGGGGGGAGGAUGUAUAAAUAAGACAUUUUUCAUUACAUUGGUCCUCGCUUAGCUUCCAUAUUGCACUGCUCAGCAACAGCCGGUCUGGAAAGGAGGCACCGGGACUGCAGCACUGCUGGACAGAAGCGGUACUGAGCAGGAGCAGUACUGAUACCUCUACCAUCUCAGGGGUGUUACCAACCCAGCCAGCACAAACCACGUCAGUCACAACGUAACCCACACAAGCAUUUUACAAUCAAUACUGCCACUGUGUAGGUAAAAUACUCAAGCAGUCAAGCGGUAGCCACACGCUAUGGAUGACAUCACAACUUCUGGAUGACAUCACGACCAGCAUCAAGGACUUAAGUAGGCAGAUUUUUUUUUUCAGAGUGUGUACCGAGAACUUUCCUUUUAAAA